AGGAGGAGGGCAGCGGCUCAAAAUGGCGGUCGAGCGGCUCCGGCCCCUGGUUCUGGCGGAUUGAAGGGGAGAGAGACAGAGAGAGACAUUCAACUUUGGGCCUGUGACUUGUGCAGCACCAGCUCCGGGCCGGGGACAGCCUCAUUAAUCCGGAAAAGGAGCCCCGGCCUGAAAUAGUGUGAUUAACCCGGGAUAGGAGCCCGGGCCUGGGACGGUUUGAUUAACCGGGGCCUGGGACAGUUUGAUUAAUCCGGGAUAGCAGCCUGGCCUGGGACGUUGCAAUUAACCUGGCUUAGGAGCCUUGGGGCCUUUCACACUCUGAUUAACCUUAGAUAGCAACCGCACCUGGGACAGUUUACCUGCAAGAGGUAAGCCACCAGAUUAACCUACAACCAGGAUAAGAGCCUGGCUGUUUUAAUUUGGGUCUGGAUUCACUUGGAACAGAAGCUGGGCUUGCUUCAGUCUGGAUUGCUCUGAUUGUGGUCUGGGCCUAGAACAGUCCAGAUCGUUUUGUGAGACAUUGAUACCAGGGAGUGACAACAGAGACCUGCAAAGCUGCCAACAGACCUGGAAACUGAAAAGUCGAAGGUAGGCAGGAGUGGGGGGAGACAUAGUCGUGAUCAACGAGAGAGGAUUAUUUUGGUGACACCUGAAAGUGCCAAAAAAGAACUUGUAAAAGCAGGUUUUACCAUCCAAAAAGCAGGAAACUUUUGAAUCAAGAAGUGGCAAUUGGAGAAUCAAGCUGUACAGUUUAUAUUCAAGAAGGCUCGCCACCUCUCUGCUGGGUGAAGUUAAGCAGAAACCAGGUGGACUGUUUGCUGCUGCUGCUGCUGAAGAGACUGAGAAGUUGAUACAAAGGAGUGAGGGAUUAUGUAUGUGAUAUUGUAACUGUCUGACAACGAAAACGUUUUUGUGGGAGUAACGACAAAAAUUUGUUUUGUGAGCCUUGGAGAUAAGGAGAGCUGUGUCACAGGUGGCACCGACGCAACAGGGUUUGAAGCAGAGCUGCAGGAAGAAGAUAGGAUUUGGCAGGUGUAAGGGGACGAGGAGGAUUUAUAUCCCUCCCACCCCACGAACCGGAGAGACAACCAGCAGGAAUGGAGCCAGAGGCUGAACCAGAAUGUCGGAGCCGCAGGCUGCGUGCUGUCACCAGACGUCGCUAUGAGGAUGAUGGCAUUUCUGAUGAUGAGAUUGAGGGGAAGAGGACUUUUGAUCUUGAGGAGAAACUAGAAAGCAGCAUGUAUAGUGCGAGCUUUGUCCGGUUUAUGGAUGGGAAAGAUUUCACCUUCCAGUAUGUCCAGAGAGAUGGCCUGCGAUGCCCGCUUAUCUUCAAAAAGAAAGAUGGCCUAGGAAUCAAGAUGCCAGAGCCGGAUUUCAGUGUCAAUGACGUGAAGAUGUUUGUCGGGAGUCGGAGAAUGGUGGAUGUGAUGGAUGUCAAUACGCAGAAGGGCAUUGAGAUGACGAUGGCACAGUGGGUGAAAUACUACGAGACACCAGCCGCUGAGAGAGAGAAGCUCUACAACGUCAUUAGCCUGGAGUUCAGCCACACCAAACUGGAGAAUAUUGUCCAGCGCCCUGCAACGGUGGAUCUGGUGGACUGGGUCGAUAACAUUUGGCCCCGACAUCUGAAGGAAAGGCAGACAGAGUCGACAAAUGCCAUUGUCGAAAUGAAGUACCCUAAAGUCAGGAAGUACUGUUUGAUGAGUGUCAGAGGCUGCUACACAGAUUUCCACAUCGAUUUUGGUGGCACGUCCGUGUGGUACCACAUCCACCGAGGAGGCAAGAUCUUCUGGCUGAUCCCUCCCACCCCCCUGAACCUGGAGAUUUACGAGAGCUGGGUGCUGUCGGGGAAGCAGGGCGACAUCUUCCUGGGUGACAAAGUGGAGAAGUGUCAACGCAUCGAAUUGAAACAGGGCUAUACGUUCCUGAUUCCCUCAGGCUGGAUCCAUGCUGUUUACACUCCAGAAGAUACCUUGGUGUUUGGAGGGAACUUUUUGCACAGUUUCAACAUCCCAACACAACUCCGCAUCCACAACAUUGAGGACAGGACUAGGGUGCCCUCCAAGUUCCGCUACCCGUUCUAUUACGAGAUGUGCUGGUAUGUUGUGGAGCGGUACGUCUUUUUCCUGACAAAAUGUUCACACCUCACCAAACAGUUCCAGAGGGAGUCUCAGCUAAUCGAUGAAGACACUGAGUCUGAUGACACAGAGAAUGGCGAUGAUGUUAAGGAAGAGGUGGAUGAGAGUGAGGAGACAACUGAGAGGGAGAGGAGGGCCCAUUCCCUCCGUAAAGGCCCCUCGGAGAGCCCAGUUCCAGACCGCAAUGGACUCCCACAGGAUCAUGGCAGCCGGCCGCUGAAGAGGAGCCCGUCGUCAGAGUCAGUGGACAGCGGAGGAGGCUCACUGGGAUCCCAGGACACUGCGCCCACACACUGGAUCCACCUGACUCAGUUUGAGCGCACCGGGCUGCAGGCUCUAGUUGACAAGCUGCAGUCUCUGCCUGAGCACAAGAAAUGUGUCCCUGCCGGCCUCCUCGACCCAGACUCACUGCUCCAGGAGAUGCAGAAAGUUCUGGAAGACCACAUGAACGAUGACCCCCAGCUGGCGUGUUCAGGCCUCCCAAUCAUCAGGUGGCCCAAGCGACGUGACAAGCCCAAGGCCCCGAUUCGGCUGAAACCCCGGCCCCCCGUGCUGGCCCUGAGUAAGCCCGCGUUGCUGAAGCCCCUCCCGGGCUCCCGGCGGAGGCGGACCCGCUGCAAGAGGUGUGAGGCAUGUCGCCGCAGCGAGUGCGGGGUCUGUCACUACUGUCGGGACAUGAAGAAGUUCGGGGGCCCCGGCCGGAUGAAACAAUCCUGUGUCCUUCGGCAGUGCGAGGCACCGAUCCUCCCCCACACAGCACUGUGUAUGAUCUGUGAGGAGGUGGGUCAGAACGCCGAUGGGGAGAACAACAGUGUGCGCGGGACUCUGAUGGAGUGCUCAGCCUGUAGUGAGAUUGUGCACCCGGGCUGUCUGAAGAUGAAUAUUUCCCUGGGAAUCAUCAGCAAGGAGCUUCCAAACUGCUGGGAGUGUCCAAAAUGUGUGAGGCAGGAGCGACGAAAGCUGGCCUUGGCGAAGAAGGGCUACAGCCCGAAGGAUGGUACUGACUCGGAAAGGCAGCAGCUAAUUGCUGAGGCGGUGAGGAAGCGGGAGGAGCAGAACCGGAGGGCCCAGGCCAUUGAGGCUGCCCGCAGGCGACUCGACGUUCUGCCCAAACGCAAGAAGUUUGACUACCUGCUGCUGCGGAAGAAAAGGCUGGCAGCAGCUGAGCACAACGCAAGAAAAAAGAUAAAGUUUGAGAGGGAACAGAUACUCCUGCGAACAAAACGGAAAGCAGACGACAGCCUUGACCAUCGGGUAGGGGCUAAGAUCCUGCGCCCGCUGAGGAAUGGUGAGGAUUUGUCCCUGGGCCCAUACCCCAGGCUGGGCUCUAGCAGGGACAGUCUGCGACCAGACCGCGCUGAGCGGUUUUAUCGGCGUCAGCUGCGCCGCAGCUUAGACCCUGCUCGCAGUAACCCCAGCUCCGCAGUGUCCCGACAUCGCCACCUUUCGGAGAUCGAGAAGGCCAAGAUCAGGGGCUCACUGCUGACUGUCCGUCUCCACCGCUCGCCGGGAGACUUCAAUGGCUCAGCCAGUCAUCACCGCAGCCCCAGUACCAGCCUUCGACAGGCUCCACGUGUGGUCAGCUGGCAGUCAGGCUGUCAGUGCCAGCAGGAUAACCCAUCUCCCUCUUCCUCGUCGUCUGACAACCCCCCCGACGAUCACAUGAUGCAGCGACACCUCUGGAUGUCUGUCUUCCGCUACCUGACCCAGAAGGAGCUGUGUGUCUGUAUGAGGGUCUGCAAGGCCUGGAGCAAAUGGUGCUGUGAUAAGAGACUAUGGACAAAGAUCAACCUGAGUCGAUGUAAGUCGAUCACUCCGUUGGCCCUGGGUGGGAUCAGCAAGAGGCUCCCCGUCAGCCUGGAUCUCAGCUGGAGCAACAUCUCCCGCAAGCAGCUAACCUGGCUCAUCGACAGGUUGCCUGGACUGAAGGACCUCUUCCUGUCUGGCUGCUCUUGGUCAGCCAUCUCUGCUCUCAGCACCUCCAGCUGCCCACUACUGCGUACGCUCGAUCUCCGAUGGGCUGAGGGGCUUCGUGACAGCCAGAUGCGGGAUCUGCUGUGUACCCCUGAUAAACCAGGCCAGCUAGACAACCGCAGUAAGUUACGGAACGUGACGGAUUUCCGGUUAGCGGGCCUGGAUAUUAGUGACGUUACCCUGCGGCUGAUCAUCCGCCACAUGCCGCUGCUUUCUCGCCUGGAUCUCAGUCACUGCAGCCACCUGAGUGACCACUCCCUCAACCUACUCACAGCUGUCGGUUCAUCCACCCGCAACUCCCUCAGUGAGUUACAGCUGGAAGGCUGCAAUAAAUUGACUGACCAGUGCCUCAAUUACCUGAAGAGAAUUGGCAACAUCUCCUGCAUUAACCUGCACAAUUGCAAGCAAAUCUCGAAAGGAGCCUGUGAGAUGCUUCUUUCUGAACUCUCUGUAAAUGGUCUCUUCUGCCUCUCGGAGGAGCGGCAAAUUCGCAAAAUCAGCUGAGGAUCGGGAAGAGGAGCCUGCGUCUCUUUCUCUCCCCAAAUCCUACAACCCUCUGUCCACCCACUCCUCUGGAAGAUGUCACUUCCUUCACACUCUCUCUCACCUUUUCAUUCCCUCUUACUCUCUCCCAUUCUGCACUAGUUCUUAUCUCUCCAUUCCCCGUAUUUUUCUCUCCUCCUGUCUCCAUUCCUCCACAGAGCGAAGUUUUUCUCUCUGACACUCUGUCUCUCUCUCUCUUUCUUUGUCUUUUUCUCUCUCUUUCUUUGUCUCUUUUUCUCUCUUUCUUUGUCUUUUUCUCUCUCUUUCUUCUUUUCUCUCUCUUUCUUUGUCUUUUUCUCUCUCUUUCUUCUUUUUCUCUCUCUUUCUUUGUCUUUUUCUCUCUCUUUCUUUGUCUUUCUCUCUCUUUCUUUGUCUUUCUCUCUCUUUCUUUGUCUUUCUCUCUCUUUCUUUGUCUUUUUCUCUCUUUCUUUGUCUUUUUCUCUCUUUCGCUCUUUUCUCUCUUUCUUUGUCUUUUUCUCUCUUUCUUUGUCUUUUUCUCUCUUUCGCUCUUUUUCUCUCUUUCGCUCUUUUUCUCUCUUUCGCUC